AUGGCGUCCGCAUUUGACGAGGAAGACCUCUCAAUUCCUCUUCCUCCUGCCGACCGUACGCCGCGUGAACGUGCCGGCAAGCCCGCUACGAACCCCUCCGCCAUGGCAAUGCCGCCGCCGCGCCCGACCGGGAGGAGCGACGCCUCGAUGCAGUCGCCCGCCACCACGCGAGACAUGCAGCGUCUUGAUCAGUACCAGACGAUCAAGAUACUCGGCGAGGGCUCCUUCGGAAAGGUGAAGCUUGCCAUCCACCAGCCCAGUGGAAGGCAGGUCGCCCUCAAGAUUAUCUCCCGCCGCAAGCUCCUGUCCCGCGACAUGGUCGGUCGUGUGGAGCGAGAGAUUCAGUACUUGCAAUUGUUACGGCAUCCUCAUAUUAUUAAAUUAUACACGGUCAUUGCUACCAAAACCGACAUUGUGAUGGUCCUCGAGUACGCCGAACGAGAAUUAUUCGAUUACCUGGUCCGCAAGGGAAAAUGCAACGAUGACGAAGCCCGCAAGUUCUUCCAGCAGAUUAUCUGCGCCGUCGAGUACUGCCACCGGCACAAGAUCGUCCACCGUGACCUGAAGCCGGAGAAUCUGCUCAUCGAUAGCCAGAAAAACGUCAAGAUCGCCGAUUUUGGAUUGAGUAACAUUAUGACGGAUGGAAACUUCCUCAAGACCAGCUGUGGCAGUCCAAACUACGCGGCCCCGGAGGUGAUCUCUGGAAAGCUGUAUGCGGGGCCCGAGGUGGAUGUUUGGAGUUGCGGUGUGAUCCUCUAUGUGUUGUUGGUGGGCAGACUGCCAUUUGACGAUGACUAUAUCCCGGCUCUUUUUAAGAAAAUUGCUGCAGGCACUUUCCAUAUCCCUGGAUACAUCUCUCCCGGGGCUGCCCGCUUGAUCCGGGCUAUGCUUCAGGUCCACCCGGUUCACAGAAUUACCAUUGCAGAGAUCCGAGAGGACCCAUGGUUUACCAAGAACAUUCCAAAGUACCUGGAGCCCCCGCCGGAGGAAUACAUUGCGACGGGUGUGGAUACGAACAAGCCUAUCGAUUCUCGAAAUGUUGCCCCAGGAAAGCCACUUCCCGUCCAGCACAAAAUUCACCAGAUCGCCGUGUCGAAGCUCGAGCGCAGCAUGGGAUACGGAAAAGAUGAUAUUGAGGACGCAUUGCGGCACCCGGAGCCCAGUGCGAUUAAAGAUGCAUUCUCCAUUGUUGUCGAGAAUGAGAUGAUGCAAACGAACUCACCGACGGAAGAUAAUUUGAUGGCUCAAAGCGUUUCUCAGCAGAAGAGGCCUGCGCCAGCAGCCGAGCGGGCCGCCGCUGCACCUAAAGCCCAGAUUCCUCCAACCCCAGCCCCAGCGCCGGCCCCGCCCGUAACUCGAACCCCUAGUGCACGACGUGCACGGCCUGACGACUACCAGUCAGCAGAUACUGAAGUUGAUUCACCUCGCGUGAGCCACGUCCGAAUUCUACCAACGAGUCUUCCAUAUGUCCAUGAUCAGCUUAUGGAACAACGUGAUCGGGAACAAAGAGCCCGAGAACAACUCCUUGCGGAGCGUCGGCAAGAAGCUGCUCGGGCUGACCCAGAAGCACCUGAACGGGAGGUAUCUCAAGAGGAUCAGACACUCACUGCCCGGGCAUUGAAACCUCACUCUCGCAGUGUCGUUGAUUUGGAUAAGUUGCGAUUUGAACCACCGAUCGGCCAUCCCAUCACACAGCAGCCUAAAAAAUCUCGGAAGUGGCAGUUUGGCAUCCGCUCGCGCAAUCAACCCUACGAGGCAAUGCUCUACUUGUAUAGAGCAAUUGCUGCCCAAGGUGGAUUGUGGGAUAUCAAGCCGGUGGAAUCAGGCACAAAUAUCGGACCCGAGGCAACACCCUCCCCUGACAAGCCAAAGCCUCUGCAGAGCAAAUAUCCGGAUCUUCCCUCGGACUACUACAUUCCCAAUGACCCCUGGUUCAUUCGUGCCCGUCUUCUGAAGGAAGGCGUCAAGGCUCCGGGUGCAUCGACUUCCGUUUACAACAGCCGGAGCGAUCUCGAGGAGCUCCGCCGCCGCUUCCACAUUUCCGGCAUCUCCACUCCAUUUGAGGACAAGGACAAGGACGGGAAAACCUCCACGUUCGAGAACAGCACUUCAUCUGCGCCAUCUGCACCAUCUGCGCCUUCGUCGGCAAACCAGCCAGGUGGACUGCCAAGCAUAUCCCACGGUGUCUGGGUCUUCCUCGACAUCCAGCUGUACCAACUCGAGGAGAACAACUACAUGGUCGAUUUCAAGUGCGACGGCUACCAAAAUGUGAUCCGCCCUCAGGGCGAUACUGAAUGGCACCCGAUCAGCAAGCGCCUGAAGAACAAAGAGAAGGAGGUCACCAGCCCGUACCCAUUCUUGGAUGUGGCCUCCGACCUUGUGGCCCAGCUGGCUGUGGCUAGUUAG